CCACCGAGCGCAGCCAUGGCGAACCCGGCCGCAGGGAAGUCGUUCCUCCAGGCCAUGACGGCGGUCACCGAGGAGGCGGCGCCGCCGCUCCGCGCCGUCCAGAUGGAGGGCCUGGCUGUCUUGAAGAUCAUUAAGCACUGUGAGGAGUUUGCGCCUGCUCUGGUUACAGGCCAACUGCUUGGUCUGGAUGUUGGUAGUGUUCUGGAAGUGACCAACUGUUUCCCUUUCCCUACAAGAGAGGAUGACGAGGAAGCAGAUGCAGAUGGUGCGAACUAUCAGCUCGAGAUGAUGAGGUGCCUGAGGGAGGUUAAUGUUGACAAUAACACUGUUGGAUGGUACCAGUCUUGCUUGCUUGGUUCUUUUCAAACUGUCGAGCUGAUUGAAACAUUUAUGAACUAUCAGGAAAACAUCCGGAGGUGCGUGUGCAUCGUGUAUGACCCAUCUAGGUCUAGUCAAGGAGUGUUAGCUCUCAAAGCCCUGAAGCUUACAGACUCAUUUAUGGAUCUUUAUCGUAACAAUGGUUUAACUGGAGAGAAGCUAAGAGAAAAGAAACUAUCAUGGGUUGAUAUUUUCGAGGAGAUACCGAUUAAAGUGUCCAACUCCGCGCUUGUCAGUGCCUUCAUGAAAGAGCUGGAACCCGAGUCACCUGUUUCACAGUGUGACUUUGACCGUCUUAAGUUGUCGACUGCGCCCUUUAUGGAAAGAAACCUGGAAUUUAUGAUUGGAUGCAUGGAUGGUCUUUCAUCAGAGCAAAACAAGUUCCAAUAUUAUUACCGCAACCUAGGAAGGCAACAGACACAGCAGCAGGCAUGGAUCCAAAAGAGAAGGCAAGAGAACAUUGCGAGAAAAAAUGCUGGUGAGGAGCCAUUGCCAGAAGAGGAUCCAUCCAACCCUGUCUUCAAGCCACUUCCUGAGCCAUCACGUUUGGAGGGUUAUCUGGUAACCAACCAGAUCUCUAGUUACUGCAACCACAUCAAUGGGGUUGCCGGCCAGAAUUUCAACAGACUAUACUUGAUGAAGGCGUUGCAGGAGGAGUAGGUUGCAGGAGGAGUAGGUUACGAGUGGCAGCUGUUGUGAGAAUUAACUUAACGCUGUACUGCACCUCAAUUUUGCAAUGUACUUUGCCUAUUUCGUUUUGCCAAGAAAAAUCAGAUAGUUAAGAUGCACUGUGUUGGUAUCAUUAUUUUGUUGUGGGUCUCUUGCUAUGUUGUGCGACUAAAUUGGGUCCCUUGGUUUUGGUUCAUUUUUGUGAGAUGGUUGUGACGAUACACGAAAAGGGUGAAAAUGGAGGUGUCCAGAUUAUAGAAUAUUGCAUAAGUAA